CCGCCGCGUCAUACGCCGUCAACGGAAGAGAACAACGUCGGAGCCUGGCUAAAAUACGGUGGAGACGGGCGACAACGUUGAAAUGGGGGAGGUCGGAAGCAGUGUACAGGGAGAGCCCGAUGUCGUUGGAGUCGAAGACGCAAAGGCGAAGGAAGCUCUAAGUGGGGAUGUGGAUGCCCCACACGAAAUCGAGGCCGAUGACGACGGCGCCGCUGUCUUUGGCAGCACAGUGUCGGACGUCCCGCAAGAUCACGCUGAUGUUGACGAAGACCCCAACAACCCAGCAGGAUACCAACUACCCGCGGAUACAGCACUGUUCAAACACGAUGUCGAAGGCUUGAUGGGGGGCUUUAUCAUGAGUGACACUGACACUGCGAGUGCGAUGAACGCGGCUGGAGAAGACUCCUUCCUCGGACGCGAACAACCGCUGCCGCACGUGCCUGCCGAGCUGACAGAAGUUCUUUCAAAAUUCACCGGUUCUUUUGUCGGGUUUCCCAGCGGAUCCGGCUUGCAAGAUAUGGAGGGGAACUGGACACGGGACAUGUACUUCAGACAAGCUCAUACUCGAUGCAAGAAGCACAUGCGUUGAAAAGAGGACUGGGAUCUGGGGAGACGUUGUCAGGAGAGCUGCCCAAAAAAAAGCCGCAGCUCGUAGACCGAUACAAGGAUCACGCUGUCGGAUUGGAAGUCCAAUUCGGCUGCGAGUCAGGGCAGGAGCAGGGGCCAGCUCCUCGGCCCUC